AUGCUUAUUAAAAAUCCGAACAGCAUCAUUUUACCCGACUAUUUGAAUGAACAGUUUUUUGUGACUGCGCUGGAAGCAAGUUUGCGCGAGACCGCCGAACUCGAAGUUAUUGACGCGGUUUUCGAGUGGGGCAGCAAGCCGGGCGACAACUAUUGCUCACGCAUUUAUCGCGUCCUGAUUGGGUUCAAGCGAAUGCCACCAAAUAAGGAGCAUUUAGGACAGGAAAAACUAUCAUUGAUAAUUAAAACUAUUCCGAUCACCAAAGAGACGCGGUUUCUCGAAGAUGCUGGAGUAUUUUUGAAAGAGAAAUUCACCUAUUUGGAUGUGUUGCCGCGGCUGGAAAUACUUCUGGAUGGUCAUAAAUUCAGCGCUAACUGCUUAUAUGCCAUUAAAGCACCGAUGCAGACGAUCGUUUUCAAUGAUUUGAAAAUGGAUGGAUUCACCACUGCUUCGCGGCAGGACCAACUCGAUUGGGCACACAGCGAAUUGAUCUUGCAACAACUGGGCCGCUUGCAUGCCACCUCAAUGGUUUUGGCCAAGAAGGAUCCUGUCAUUACUAAACGCCUCAGCAAAGGCAUGCUCUGUGAAGAGAGUGUUAUGAAUAGCGAUGCCUAUAAAAACUUGUUCGGCGGCAGACUAAGACAGCUGGCGCUCAAUGCAGCAAAUUGGCCUGGCUUUGAAAAGAUCUCACAAAAGCUGCACAAUUUUUAUGAUAAUUUCAACGCGAUAUGCGCGCGUUUGGCCGAAUAUCGCCAUGGCGAUCGUAUUAUUGUGAUGAAUCAUGGCGACCUAUGGACCACAAACUUCAUGUAUGCUUAUGACGAUUCCAUGCAGCCGCAUAAGCCGACGCGUGCAGUGUUUGUGGACUUUCAGCUAAACUUUUAUGGCAGCCCCGCGUGUGAUCUGAAUUUUCUAUUCAAUACAAGCAUACGUCUGGAGUUGCUCCAAGAUCGGCGCGAAGAUUUAAUAAAUGUUUACUUCAAAACAUUCACGGCUACACUAGAGUUUCUUAAUCACGACAACAUACCGACUCUGGAGGAUCUGAGGUAUGAGUUGCGCGCACGCGAACUUUAUGGUCUGUUCGCACUGUUUGGUUUCCUGCCAAUGGUUACUCUGCCGAGGGAAUUGUCCACGGACAACAGUAUUGAAAAAAUGAUGGAUGAGAACUUUGCUCGGCAAAAGUUCGAGAUGGUUUUUGCGCAAGAACGUUUACAAGCGCAAGUUAAAUACGCUCUACGGCGUUUGGAUGAUUUGGGAGUUUUAGAUGAAUUAUUAAAAUAGAUA